GUCGUCGUUUCGUUCUGCUGUGUUGUUUUGCGUUGGAAACCAGCUGAAUCGAUAAUCCAAACAAAAGUUCGAGUCUAGUCAUCAAGAUGUGCUGUUUUCCGUGAAAAUCUGCGAAAAAUCGGGAAAAUUUCCAUCCAAACCAGUGUUUCCGGUGUAAAGUGGUGUAAAUCUGGCCGGAUAGGACGAUGAGUCGUAGCGCCAAGCUGAAGAGCGCCGCGGGCGCGAAAAAUGAGUGCGUACAGGUGGUGGUGCGCUGUCGGCCGCUCAACAACAAGGAACAAGCGGGCAACUUCCAGCGGGUGGUCGACGUCUACCCCAGUCGUGGCGUUAUCGAGAUAGUAAAUUGCAAUGAAACAUCACGGGAAAACAAGAAAAUGUUCACCUACGAUGCGGUGUACGAUUGGAGCUCCACCCAGCAACAGGUGUACGAUGAAGUCGUCCGUCCCCUAGUCUACUCCGUGAUGGAGGGCUUCAACGGGUGCGUCUUUGCCUACGGCCAAACGGGCACCGGCAAAACGCACACCAUGGAAGGCAUCAAGAAUGACCCCGAACAGUGCGGUAUCAUUCCCCGUGCAUUCGAGCAGAUAUGGGCCCACAUCAAUCGGUCGCAGAAUAUGAACUUUUUGGUAGCGGUUUCCUAUCUCGAAAUCUACAUGGAAGAAUUGCGAGAUUUGCUGAAACCGAACUCGACCUCACCACUGGAACUGCGCGAACGUGAGGGUGGAAUUGUGGUACCGAACUUGCAUUCGGUGCUUUGCAAGAGCGUAGUGGACAUGAUCCACGUCAUGCACAUGGGAAACAAGAAUCGGACCGUUGGAUUCACCAACAUGAACGAGCACAGUUCGAGAUCGCAUGCAAUUUUCCUGAUCAAGAUCGAAAUGUGCGAAGUCGGGUCAACUCUAGUCAAAGUGGGAAAGUUGAACCUAAUCGAUUUGGCUGGUAGCGAACGUCAAUCGAAGUCGGGAGCCACGGCGGAACGGUUGAAAGAAGCCAGCAAGAUCAACCGGGCGCUAUCGUCGUUGGGAAACGUGAUUUCGGCUUUGGCAGAAAAAUCGCCACAUAUUCCGUAUCGUGAUUCCAAACUAACCCGCCUGCUACAGGACUCACUAGGUGGCAAUUCCAAAACUAUUAUGAUUGCCAAUAUUGGCCCUUCGGAGUAUAACUAUAAUGAAACGUUGACAACCCUGCGUUAUGCCAAUCGGGCUAAGACGAUCGAGAAUAAGCCAGUCAUGAACGAGGAUCCACAGGAUACGAAGCUGCGCGAGUAUCAAGAGGAGAUCGCUCGCCUACGGAAGCUUAUUACCGAACGUCAGAACCGAGAGAAGUCCGUACCAAAGGUUAAGAAAGUUAAGCAAAAGACUAUUAAGCGGGAUGAAAGUUUGGAAGAAUCGGACGAAAAGUCUGAUUCGGAUGUCGAGGAAGAAGAAGACGAGAAGGAGAAUGAACAGGACUUUAGCGAACUGGAUGCCAAAGCGCAGGAAGCUUUGAUGAAGGAGCAAGAGGUGACGUGCACUCUAGCAGGCAAACUGCAGGAACUGGAGAACCAACUCGUAAAGGGCGGCAAAAACAUAUUGGAUACUUAUACCGAGCGUCAGAUGGAAUUGGAAAAGAAGAUGGGUGAAAUUGCCGAACGUAAGAAGCGUGAGAUUGAGAUGCAACAGCAGCUGGAACUGCACGAGGAGUCUACCAUGGAAAUUCGAGAGACAUUCACCUCCCUGCAGCAGGAAGUGGAACUGAAGACCCGCAAGUUGAAGAAAUGCUACGCAAAGUGUAUGGCUUUGAAGCAGGAACUGCAAGACACCAAGGACGAGCACAAUCGUGAUCGGCGAGAGCUGGAAAUGACCCAGAACGAGCUGAUCAAGGAACUGAAGCGUUUGCUGUUGAUAAUUGAUAAUUUCGUCCCGGCGGAGGUCAAGUCACGGCUGUACACCCAGGCCAAGUACGAUGACGAAGCGGAGGAGUGGUAUCUCAAUAGCAACAUGAUUUUGAGCAACCACCAGAUGGUGCCACGGCCGGUGGCCGAUAUGAACAGGCGGCGGCCGAUGUCCGAGUAUGCGCUGCACAUGAUCAAAUCCAACGCACCGGAUGCCGUGCGAUAUAAGGGCGAAAACAUCUUAAACUACGAGCUGGACAUGCCCCUCCGUACGACCUACGAGUAUUCCAAUCCAAAGGUGUCGGCAUCGCUGCAGGCUGUCCUCGCCGAAGCCAUGCAAACCGAGGACGACAUCGACAUCACCGAUCAGUCCAACUAUGCAAGCAUGAUGAAACAGCGCCUGGAUAGGAUCACCCGUCGCAACGUUGGCUCGGAAGGAUCUUCCGGCAGUGGUAUCAGUGUUGCCAGUGCCGCCUCAAACGGCAUUCCUCCGAGCAGUAGUAGCAGUAGUGGUGCCAUCGGUGUCGCCAGCCGAGCUCGGUCGUCAAUUUACAACCGUGGAAUGUCGGCUGCACCUACCUUCGGAGCGCAUUCCGGAGUGACGGCGGCCAAAAAGGCACCGCCGGCCAGUGCAGCAACCUUUCCGAAGGCGCGCGGGUUGAUCCCGAAGUAGAUCCAGCGCCAAGGUGAAACUGAAGUACUCAUUUGAUAUUUCUACCAACCCUCCUCCUUACCCUCCUCUCUAUCUUGCUCUGCUCCCUCAAUUAUCAUCACACAAACACACACACGGCUCAUCGAUUCAUAUAGGAAUAUUGGGUUUUUUAGGUUCGAUUGAUUAGGUUUCGGUUGCUUUUUUUUCUAGAGAAAACAAUUCGGUUUUCCGGGCUUGAAUGUAGGAAAAGUUUCACAUGCGUGCGCUUAAGAAAAAUGGCUUGAUCGGCAAACACUCACACGGUAACAAAACAAAA